CAUGCUGUUUGGGUUUCCUCUGCUCUGUUUCUCGGACGGUGUGGGAAGAGAAAAAGUCAGACGAAACGCAGGGGAAAAGAGAACUCGGAAUGGUGGAAUGGACGGCAAUGGAAAGGGAAAUUCAGGUGAAUAGAACUGUGAAGCGCGGAACGUGGUGAGAAAAACUGGUUGAGCAGGUUUAUUGUGUUUCAUGUGUGUGAAUCGGAACGAAAUCGGCACUAGCUGGGCACUUAUUUGUUCGAAGCUUCGGCGGCGCUGGCACUGGCUGUUGGGGUUGAACACGCGCGAGAGUGUGUGUCGCGGUCUCGCGGACUACGUGCAAAGCAGAAGAGAAAGGGAAUCCUGUGGAGGUAAAGCUCGCUUUGCACACUGUCAUACGGAAAGCGCUGCUGGAGAGCUAAAGACUUUGGAGUUGACCAAACCGCCGAGGUGAAGUCAGUUGUAGUUUGGAGUUGGUAUGAUUAAGAUCUCCAGUUCGUAGAUACGACGGCGCCUUGUUUGGCUGAUAUUUAUACAGCAGCUGGUAGUGCUAGAAGUGAGACGACCUCCUGCCAAAUAGACUUUGGAAAGUAGGAACAUGCUGUGAGAAAGAAGUUACAUUCUCCGCAACGUGAAAACCGUCUUUAUGAGUGCUGCUGAGGUUAACAGCUAGCGAAGCGAAGAUUUUUUUGUUAGCCCUUUAGGCAAAGUUCACCCAUUUUGAGUUUUGGAAGAAUUGGCCAUUGCAGGAAUAUUAUUUUCUGCCAGAAGAUAAUCGAUGUGCGUGCCGGGAGUCGCUAAGCAAAAGGGAGAAAAUUAUACGAUACAAGCAAUCUAAGUAGUGAUUGUUUCCCAAGCGGGAAAAAAAGCGGAAGCGUACGAGAGGAGGCAGUGAAUGUAAAACGUGGAAGUUUUGCUUCUUUCGUAGUUUUGGUUCAAAAAGUUGAAACUCUUUAUUCGCUGAUCUCCGCUGGGAACGUGGUGAAGUGUGUUAUUUCUUCUUGGUGUAAGUGGCAGAGUGUGAAUCGGAAUACAGAAAACCCCCUGGUUCAUCGAACAAACAAGCAACUGCGAAUUGGCCGUCGUCCGAUUCAAAGUCGAAAGAGCCCGAAGCAGAAAACAAACGCCACCUAACAAUUUAGUGCUGUGGAAUCCCGAGCACCGUUGCACGGAAAGCUUUAGUUAUAAUUACACUUCCCUUAUUUGCUUUUGCCUGCUAAAAACGUCCAAGGUCUCCUGAAAACAGCAUUCAACUGCACAACGUUUACUCUGGCCAACGCAGCUGUGUACUUCAAGUUAACUUUUGCGCCCUAAGAUUUUCGAAGGCAAUUCCAACAACAACAACAACAAAUACGAAGUAAACAUCCACAAAUAAAUUCAUUAUCAGCAGCCAUAUAACAACAAUCCAAGAAACCCGAAAAAGUGCUUGUACUCGACCACGAGAAUUGUUGUAUUAAUUUGGGGCCGUCAGCAGAUCGAUAAAUUCCGUGUAGAACCAUUACAGCCAAAAGAUAACGGGGGAAAAAGGCAUAUAGAAUCGAGAAGUGCGAAACAUUUGGUUUGCUUCCACUGCUAUUUUCCGUUCAAACCGUGAGAGGAUAUUAGUCAUUACCGGACACAACCUUACACUACCGCAGCCACAGGUCCAAUGUUGGUGUAGCGUUACUCCUCGGCGGGAAUCGUUUGUACCACGCGUGGAGGGCUAUCGAAAAGGAGACACAAUUUGGAAGCAGCAGCCACCAGCAGCUGGAUCUCGAAGACGGAUGCACAUAUCCUUGUUUAACCUGCUGUUCGAAGAAGCGGCCAACGGAAGGCACGCAAACGGGCAAUCGUCGUCGUCGUCAUCGUCAGGAAGUGGCAAUAUGGUGAAAACGUUCCAAGCCUAUCUACCGCCAACCAACCGAACGUAUUCCUGUGUCCACUGUCGGGCGCAUCUAGCUAGUCACGAUGAGCUUAUAUCGAAAUCGUUCCAGGGAAGCCAGGGGCGGGCGUAUCUGUUCAAUUCAGUGGUCAACGUCGCUUGUGGCCAGGCUGAGGAACGCGUCCUACUAACAGGCUUACACGCCGUAGCCGACAUAUACUGCGAAUGCUGCAAAACACCUCUGGGAUGGAAAUACGAGCACGCUUUCGAAUCUAGCCAAAAAUACAAGGAGGGAAAGUACAUCAUAGAACUAGCUCACAUGAUCAAGGAAAACGGCUGGGAUUGAUUGCCGAGUCACUUCGAUAAACGCGUAAAUUAGAUUAGUGAAUUUACACAACACAGCCAGCAAAAAAAAAAAAUAACAUAGCAUGCGGAAGCCGGAGAGGUGCCACCGUGUCGGGCAUCGUCACCGUCGGUCCGCAGCAGAACAACGCGCAUCUACUUUCCAGUUACAGUCAGCCCGGGUGUCCUAACUCGGUCAACCAACGGCUUCUUCUGUCCAACCGAAAAUCAUCCUGUCGUCAUCCGUGUUGUCAUUUCCUAUCCGCAUUAAUAAUUUCUUUCAUUUUAACGUGUGUUCGUCCCCUAGUAGAGUCCAAUCAUCGUACGGCGUCGUCAUUUUUUACGAGCUUGAGUUUCUCUAUUGUUUUGAAAGUAGAUAUUGAAACAUUCUAGAGGUCCAUUCUUACUUUUUACCUGCGACAAACCACACGUACACAUUUUGAAAACAAUAUUUAGUUGAUAGCGAUGAUCUUAUCUCCUUCGAGUCCUAGGACUGACGGAAGGAAACAUUUACUUUUUUUCCUUUUAAGAUAGCGAGAAGAUUAACACUACUUUAUUGAUUAGUGAACAAAUCUGAACGAUCGAUUAGUGAGCGAGGGAAGAAGAUCACUGUGAACAAGAGAAUGCGUUUGUGCACUAUGGGUGGCGGGAUUGGAGGAGGGGUCACUGGUGGAGGACGGUCGUGUCCUUCCCACUGCUGUUGUCACCCUACUCGCAGAGGUGAAAUGCAAACGCAGGAAAGAGGAAAGUUGAAGAAAAGAAAGAAAAACGUACGCGAGAGAGAAUAUGCGAGAGUGAUAUUAGUUUUACGAAUGUUUCAAGUGAGAUAACAUUUAUGAAGAUUCGUAUUUUAGUCGAAAUAUAUACACGUCUAAGAGUCUAGAUUUAGUUUUGUGAAAGGAGAAAAAAACUAAACUGAAUGAAGGAAGACACACAUACACUUAUGGUUUUAUAAAUCAGAAGUAAGAUAGUGCGAUGGUACGUACGAAUGCAAAGAACACAGCCUGAGCAGUACUGUUACUUUCAGUUUCAGUUUUUUUUGAUAGCGAAUGUGAUCAAUAUAAUAUUACAGUUAUAAUGUAUUUUUUUAAAUAAAACAAACUAUUUUAAUAUACGUAUCUGUGUUUCUUUUGGUUCUGUUCAGCCAACUGAAGGCCGCUGCUUGAACAUGGCUAGCCCAGUUCAAGUUCAGUUGAAUCAUCCCAAAAACACAAACCAGAAAACAAGAAAAAACGUAUAACAUAAUAAGCAUUUUACUGCCAACGAUUUAAAUGAAAAAAAAAAAAUAACAUAGAAACAACAGUAAUAGAACUAAAACCUCAAACUUCACUUUCAUAAAUAUAAAAUCAAUUGUACCGGGCAAACAAAAAAACAAACGUGGAAAAAAACGUUUAAUUCGAUUCGAUAGCGAUUUAUACGCGGAUCUCCGUGAAACGGGCGAGCAUGCGAUAACGUUACGCAAGCAAGCAACCGAGUACUCGUAAGAUUACUAAAUAGUGAUAGUUAUUAAAACCAGCAGCAACCAGAGGAAGAAAAAAACAAAACCUACAAAAAAAACAGAAACGAUCGAAACAAUCCGCUUAGAACCGGCGAAGUAAACACACUGCUACAACUCAGUAAUUGCAGAAAAUGCGCAAAUCCGCAGCGACGAGUACCGCGUAAAUCCAUCUCUCGCUCUGCGUGAUGCUGGUGUAAAUUGCGAAAAACCCGCAUACCCCCCAAUAAUAACAACACAACCCAUUUGAUUCUGCAUCGACGGAAAAGCGUCUAUAGGUACCUAUAAUCUAUAAUAGCGAACAGUUUUUUGUUUUAUUUCGAGCUUGUAUGCUUCGACUUGUGAUAAAUCCAGAGCAAAGAGCAAACAAAAAAUAACGACGGUCGAACAAGCUGAAUCGAUGGUAUCGAAUGAGCGAGCAAGCGGAGAUGUGACGCUAUUCUGCUGAUGUUAUCCUUGAAGUAACUUGCGAUGACGUGCGAGCAUGUUUGAUAGAGUAAUUGGUAAUCUUAAACUUAUCCAAUGUUUCCGAGGAAACCGAUAAUUGAAUUUUUCGGACUGAUCGUCCUUAAUUAGAAGAGAUGUUGAACAUAUGGGCUAUUUUUUGGUGGUGUUUCGUGGCGCCAAGUAAUGAGGGAUAAAAGCAUUAUUUAUCAUCCAA